AUGAAUGGUGAUAGUGAAAUUGCUUCUACGGUUAUUAUUGAAAGCAAUGAAGAGGGGGAAGAUGCGAUGAAGUUCUUAGAAGAUGUCAGAAUAAAUUUACCUCAGGUGCUCCGUGUUGUGAAGACAAGGCAGGUAACAUAUUCAAUACUGAAACAUUUGAGUGAAUAUGUUCAAAAUCUUCAGAAGGUUGGACUUUUAGAAGAAAAGGAGAUGGUUCAUCUUGAUGAUGCGGUGCAGAGCGACUUCAAAAUGCUUCUAAGGAAUCCUCCUUUAGUAAAAAUGCCAAAUGUGGGGGAUCUAAUUGGAGCCCAUCCUUUACUUGGAGCUCUUUCUGCUGGUGUGCGAGAAUCCCUUAGUAGUUCCACAAAAGAAGUAAUUAAAAUGCGUGGUACAACCUUGUACAAGGAGGAGUCUCAGCCAAAUGGAAUUUGGCUUAUUUCAAUGGGCGUUGUUAAGUGGGAAAGUAGGGGCCUUCGUAACAAGUUUUCAUUGCAUCCAACUUUUUCUCAUGGAAAUACUUUGGGACUUUAUGAAGUUCUCGUUGGAAAACCUUAUGUUUGCGACAUGAUUACAGAAUCUGUGGUGCGCUGUUUCUUCUUUGACAGUGACAAAAUCCUUUCCCUUCUAAGGUCAGACCCCGACAUAGAAGAAUUUCUGUGGCAGGGUGGAUUUCCCAGUAGUUCUGCUGCUUGUACUUCACGGGCCUCUACUUCACAGGCUUCUACAUCACGAGGUCAGACUUGUGGUUCUGAUUCUCAGUUACAGCUUAUGGAAAGAAUAUUGAAUAAUGUUAUUUACACCAAUGAAAAAAAUGGAAAACUUAGAGCAUUUUACAGAGCAUAUGGAUGGGUAGGACACAUAGUGCAACGCAGAGUUGAAAAGAAGCAAAAAAAGCUGAAUGGAGCAUAUUGGAACCAACAAGCAGGGCGCCUAGACGCAAGUCUCUAG